UUGCAUCAGAAAUUUCGAAAACAACUUUAAAACAUGACUGAUAUAAACGUAUGCCCAUGCGCUGAAAACGUAAAUAUUUAUUUAUAAAGAGAUCACGUAUCUCUUCAUAACAUAAACUACAAUAUCACCGAAUGUUACUGAGAGACAAACAUUAUAAAUUAAAUGGCAUUACUCUUACAAACGAGAUAUGUAGUAAACAAGUUGUUCAAAGUUAUAAACGAACCCUAUUCCAACCUUAGGUCAAUUUCUCAUGUACAAGACCUGGUUAGCGGGAAGAAGCACGAGACGUGGUCCAAGAAGAACCAAUGCUGGCAACGGUCAUCAAUUUUUGAAAGGAAACGGAUUUGUUCUUGUAUCCGCAGAACCAUGUCUGACUUUGCAGGAAAGGACCAAAAUUUUGUUUUCAGACAGUCAAAGAUGAAGACAUGGAUCUUCUACUGGUUACUCAACUUACAUACCGCUUUUAGACUACAAGUCCUUUACAUAUUCUUAUAUCUUGGGAGACCCAGUCACCAAGGAAGCUAUCAUUAUUGAUCCAGUUAUAGAGAUGGUAGAGAGAGAUGCAAGAAUCAUCAAAGAUUUAGGACUUGAACUCAAAUAUGCAGUAAAUACUCAUGUUCAUGCAGACCAUGUGACAGGAUCUGGAGAACUCAAAAAGAAACUUCCAAAGUGUGAAAGUAUGAUAUCUAAUGUCAGCAAUGCAAAGGCAGAUGUGAAGUUAUCUGAUGGUGACAAGAUAGACUUUGGAUCUUUUAGUUUAGAAGUAAGAAGCACACCUGGUCAUACAAAUGGAUGCUUAACCUUUGUAUGGCAUGACAAAGGAAUGGCUUUCACUGGUGAUGCCAUUUUAGUAAGAGGUUGUGGGAGAACAGAUUUUCAGGAAGGAAAUUCAGAGACACUCUAUGAAUCAGUCCAUAAAAAGAUUUUUAGCCUUCCAUCUAACUUUCGUCUGUUUCCAGCACAUGAUUAUACAGGACAAACAGUAACCACAGUGGCAGAGGAAAAAACAUUGAAUCCAAGACUGACUAAAUCAAAAACAGAGUUCAAAAACAUUAUGGAGAAUCUCAACCUUCCAUAUCCAAAACAGAUUGAUAAAGCUUUACCUGCAAAUAUGGUUUGUGGACUGCAAGAACUUCAAAGCUGAACAAGACCAUGAUUGACUUGCACUUAGUUUUCUGGAGCUUUAUGAUAACCAAGAGUUUUUGUGAACUAUUGCUAUGGCUUGUGUCAUUGACUACAAGAUGAUUGGAUGAUUUACAUGGCAUCCAUGUGAAGUUUUGACUUAUUAUUGUCCCAAUAAUGUAAAACUAUGUUUUCUUGUGAAAGGCUGUAAUAUAAAUGUCUUCAUCCAAUGAACAAUGUCAACACCUUUGUGAAGGCACAGACCAUGUUUUGUUUAAUGUACUUACUUAUCACAUGAAAAUAGAGCAAUAUUAGUCUUACUGUUUCCAGGUCUUACUGAUAGGAUUUCAAGCAAGAAAAAUUAUUCUUAUUCAAUGUGCAAUUGUAGUAGUAAAAAUUAUGAAAAUUG